AUGCCGACGCAGGAACCUGUGCAGCCUCUGCGCAUUGCAAAGAGCAGCACGAUGCCGUCGCCGACGAAGUCGGGCGCCCAGCGUCCGCUCUCUGAGAUAGCGCCGACGGAACAGCGCAGGAACUCACCCAACUGGAAUCCCCCAACCAAGAGAAUGACCCUGACCGACUCGUCCCCAUUCCAGUCAUCUCCCCUGGAGGGCGUCACAUCGCCGCGACUGUUCUGGCAGAACCGCAGCUUUAACUCGGAAAACAGCUACAGCUCGUCGCCCACUUGUGCCCGUCGCGAGUCCCUCGAGCGCUUGCAGAAGGCUUCCCGCGUCAAGAAUAGCAAUAUUCUGGCCCUCGAGCAGAAGAACGAGUACGAUCCGUCCAAGCCCCCGCAGAUCGAGCGUCCCCUUGCCAAAAUCCAGCACAACGUGUUUGGCCGUAACAACGGUGUUACAGCCUUGCAGCCGACCGGAAAUCGUCCUACUGGCCACCAGCGCAGCGAGAGCAAGACCACUCUUCCCGUCCUGACCAAGCCAGCAGCUCCCCCGGCAUCCCAUAGCACCUCGACCACCGCGACCACAACUAACCCGACUUCUUCGACCAACACCGCGGCCAAGGACCCGGCGCUGCGCCCCAUGAGUCCCAGCAAGGACCAGCCGUCACCUCUCAAGUCGUCGCUGUCGUCUCGCUUCAAGAACAGCUACGACUCUCAAGGCGCCGCGUGGUCGGGCGAUGAGCACGAUCUGCCCCCUGGCCGCUCGCUGCAUCGUCACCAGAAGAGCGUCACCUUUGACAAUGCCCCGCCGCAGAUCAACGAGUACGAAAUGGUGACCCCGGAUAUUUCGUCCAUUGACAGCAACUCGCGCGAGGGCAGCUUCUGCUCGGAUGAUGACGACGAGGACGAUGACUACAUGUACCAUCACAACGGCCACUUCGAUCCCGACGACAGUUUCGAUGCUUCCCUCGAGGACACCGCGAAAACCCCGGUUGUCGGUCCCGAUGACUGGCGCGAUGACGACCAUGAUGACGGCGAUGACGAGUACGAGAGGAGCCCCGCACCCGAGGACUUGAAGCUACCGGAGAGACCGUUUCACCGCCGUACCGACUCUGGAGCCUCGAACGGCGAGGGCAGGCCGCUUCCUCCCCUGCCUGGCGCUGCUCGGAGUCUGCCCAACCCUCCCGCACCAUCUCAUGCGGACUAUCACUUUGGUAGCUUUGGUAACAGCAAGAUGCCCCUUGAAGAGCGCCUCAGGCUCAUGAUGCUUUCCGACGACGGUAAAGCUGCCGUCGAGCAGCAGCGCGAGCGCCGUAUGAGACGCGCCGCCAACCGCGACCGCUCUCUAAGCCGCACGCCGGAGACUGAGGGUCGCAGCCGCAGCUCUAGCGCCCAGCCGCAGUCCGAUUAUGAUGAGGAUAACGUUCCCGAUAUCUCUGGUCUGGGCGAGUACAAGCUGCCGCCUCGUAUUUCGCGCGAAUCCAUUAUGCGACGUGUCAAUACCAAUGAGCAGAACAAGCGACAGUCGGAUGACAGCUUCUCGUCCCCCCCGGCCGCUACUAGCUCAGACGCUGCUCAUAACAGCUACCCUUAUGAUCCCGAUGAGCCUAUCCCAAGCACCGAGCUCGAGGAAGAUGUCGAUGACAGUAGCAGUGUCAUCAUCAAGCGCGACCAUGACGAUAAGGAGUACGAUGGCUAUCACCGCCCGUAUGAGCGCCCCCCCGAGACUCUGGAUGAUGAAUCGGACGACGACGAGAAGAAACCAAAUGGCUACAAUGAGGUUAGCGACUUCUCCGAGGACGAACGUGCUACUCCCGACGACAACGACAAAGGCAAGGGCAAGCAGCUCGAAGAGGAUCAUAUCGUUACCCCGAGGGCGGCUAGCCCUGCUCCUCCUGAAUCUCCUGCUGAAGAGAAGCCCGUCACCCAGGGCUCGGCUUUGCUUGCUAAUGCCCCGAAGCUUGAGCCCAACGUUAGCUUCUCUCAAAGCAUCGACUCUGUCAUCUCCAAACACUCAUCGCUGUUCUCCAAUAGUGUCAACUCCGUGCUACCGAAGCCGGACGAGUCGCAGGAUAUGUCCGAGCCUGAGAAACGUCAGUCGACGACUCCUGAUAUCGAGCCCCCACCGCACCAGAGGCCUUUUACCCCAGAGCAACAGCUUAGGGCAUCGCUUAGCAAGCCCGAGUAUGACGGUACUGGCUGGGGCUCUCCUGAGGAGUAUGAGGAUGAGCCGGGCACUCCUGAGUCGGUAAUCCAUCGUCCCAUGCCUGACAGCGAUGAUGAGGAGGCUAGAGCGUCACCCGCCAUUCCUGAGCAGUUUGCCACAGUCAAGUCUGCGGCCGGUUCGAAGCUCAAGACCCGGCCCUCGGCCACGCCUGCAGAUCUUGCCGCCAUGCGCGAGGCUCGUCGCCAAGUCAGCGGCCAGAUUGCUCCCUACGAAGUACCCGAGGUGCCUGACAUUCCGCCGAUCCCAGAGCGCAACGUCAACCGCCCCAGCAGCACACCCCUUACCAACGAGGAGAAGGAGCUCACCGGUGAGAGCUUCCUCGAGCGUCACCCCAGCUUUAAGAACCGCAGCUUGACGCUCGAUCUCGAUUUUGGCCUGAGCCUGGAUCAGGACUUUGAGCGUGUCAUCGAGGCCCAAAAGGUUGCGUUCGAGAAGUUUUCUUUGGUCCCCUCUGCCACGUCGCCAGUCUUACAGUCGGAACAGCAGAAGUCUGCUCAGUACGGCAGCGACCUGGCAUCUUCUACAACCACUGACAACAUUGGUGCUAACGCCUUCCCCCGCAAACAGCGCGGUUACUUGAUGCGCCAGAACACGAAGGUCGUCACGGCCAGCGACAAGGAUACCGAUGACCUCCGUAGCGCCCGUUCUGCCGGUAACUCCCCUGUCAAGCCUCUGCGCCCGCAGUCUUGGACUGUCGAGCCAUGGAACAGUCAGGCUCGCAAACGUAGUCUGCGCAAGCGCACCCCGGCUACCGGUCCUGUCCCCCCGCUGCCUGGUCAGGAGAGCAAUGCCGCCGGAUUGUCGCGCAGCAGUGAAGAGGAUCUGGCUGCCGAGAUGAUGCCCGAGGAUGGUGGCGAGCGCGGUAGGCUGUUCGUGAAAGUUAUGGGUGUUAAGGAUCUUGAUUUGCCUUUGCCAAAGAAUGAACGCACUUGGUUCAGCCUCACCCUCGACAAUGGUGUCCACUGUGUCACGACCGCCUGGCUUGAGCUCGCCCGCAACGCCCCCAUCGGCCAGGAGUUCGAACUGGUCGUCCCCAACGACCUCGAGUUCCAGCUAACCCUCAAUGUCAAGCUCGAAAAGCCUAAGGCUCCUCCAGCCCCGGCUGUCCUGACCAAGAAGUCCCUGCCUACCCCGAGCAAGCCCAGCAAACCAAAGACAUCCACCUUCAGCCGUGUAUUCGCCUCACCCAAGAAGCGCCGCGAGAUGGAGGCACGCCAGAAGCAGCAAGAGGAAGAAGAGCGCCGCUUGGCUGCGGCCCGCGAGGCCCAGGCCCGCCAAAUGAAGGCCGCUGCUGCCCCGACCGCUUGGGAUCUCCUCAGCCCCCUGGCCGGCGACGACGGUGCAUUUGCUCGUGCCUAUGUCUGCCUCAAGGAGCACGAGAACAAGUGCUUCGGCCGCCCGUACCAUGUCGAGGUGGCACUCUUCAACGAGUGGGCCAAGGAGGAUGCCGGCUUCGCUAGUAGCGUCAAGAGCAAGCGGAGCAACAACACCCUCGGCUCUUCAGGCAGCGGCGGCGUUGUCCGUCGCGCCCCUUACAAGAUCGGCAAGCUCGAGCUACAGAUGCUCUUCGUUCCUCGCCCGAAGGGCGCCACAGACGAGGACAUGCCCAAGUCCAUGAACAGCUGCAUUCGCGAGAUGAAGGCUGCCGAGGAGCGUCUGGCCCGCACCUGGGAGGGCCAUCUCUCCCAGCAGGGUGGUGACUGCCCAUACUGGCGUCGCCGUUACUUCAAGCUCGUAGGCACUAAGCUCACAGCGUAUCAUGAGGCGACGCGCCAGCCUAGGGCAACGAUCAAUCUGGCGAAUGCUAAGCGGCUUAUUGACGAUCGUCGGACGCUCCUUGAAAAGGGCACGAUCGACAAGAACGGCAAGCGCAGGAGGAGUGCGUUUGCUGAGGAUGAGGAAGGGUACAUGUUUGUUGAAGAGGGCUUCCGCAUCAGGUUCAACAACGGUGAGGUUAUUGAUUUCUAUGCGGAUAGCACUAAAGAGAAGGAGGAGUGGAUGCGGGUGCUUGGGGAGGUCAUUGGGCGCGACUCGUUGCUCGGUGAUGAUGAUAUCGGCUCGAGUGGUGGUCGCAUGAGAGGGAAGUGGUGCGAGCUUGUGCUGAAAAGGGAAGAGAUGUUGAGGAAGAGGGCACAGGCUAGGGAGGAGAGGAGGGUUCAUUCGAGGACGAAGAGCAUGUACAUUUGA